AGUAGCGCUAGGUCAAUGUGUCCUUCCACACGUGUUGCCUGUAACCACCGGCGGAGCUGCACUCUGCUUGGGCAGCCCUGAACUCAGUCCCUGAGCCGGUUCCUCGCUUCAUUCACCCCCCCGACCAUGCUGAAGUCGAUCGUCCGCGCGGUGGGAGCCGCCUCUCGCCUGUCGUCGGUCUCCGCGUCCACGGCGCGGACCGUCCCGCUCGCCUGCCCGAGCCUGCGCUCCCCCAGCGCGGCCACGAGCCGGCCCUUCACCCGCUCCCUGUGGAUGCUGAGCAGCAGCAGCAGCGGAGCCUCGUCGGGCUCCAGGCCCAAGCUGUUCGGCUCCAGGGGGCUGAACCCCUCGGUGUCGUGUGGAUGUGGAGCUCUGCACACAGAAGGUGACAAAGCUUUUGGUGACUUCCUGUCUGAUGAAAUCAAAGAAGAAAGGAAGAUCCAGAAAAACAAAAGUCUUCCAAAGAUGUCGGGAGGAUGGGAGCUGGAGAUGAACGGCACCGAAGCCAAACUCACGAAACAGGUUUCCGGCGAAAAAGUCACCGUCACGUUCAACAUCAACAACAGCAUUCCUCCCAACUUUGAUGAGGAGGCGGAGCAAGGACAGCAGCAGCAACAGCAGCAGCAACAGCAGCAGCAGAAGUCACAGGAAGAGGAGCCAGAGAUCGUGUCGGUACCCAACUUUGUCGUAGAAGUAAACAAACAAGCAGCAAAACAUUCCCUGGUGUUUGACUGUCAUUUUCCUGAAGAUGAGGUAAGUCAUGGCGAGGGUGAGGACGAGAGUGACAUCUUCGCCAUUCGGGAGGUCAGUUUCCAGCCGGAAGGGGAUACGGACUGGAAAGAGACCAGCUACACACUCAACACAGACUCGCUGGACUGGGCUCUUUAUGACCACCUGAUGGACUUCCUGGCUGACCGUGGCGUUGACAACACCUUCGCCGAUGAACUCAUGGAGCUCAGCACCGCCAUGGAGCAUCAAGAGUACAUCAAGUUCCUGGAAGACCUCCAAGGCUUUGUCAAAUGUUAAUUAAUAUUAACCGCAACUUGUGGUUUGUUUUUUUUGUUUGUUUUUUUUUGUCGUCCUCCCAUCGGUUCACGUUCUGGUGAAGGCUUGAUGGUCCACCUGGACCAAAGCCGUCAGUGAUCAAUGUGUGUUUGGAGCCCCAGAGAGAUGGAUAACUUCCAUUACUGUCUGACAUUUGCAAUUAAAAUGUGACUUGUUUUUUCACCUGAGAGAGUUUAAAUUAAAUGUAUCAAAGCCACAGAUGUGCAGUCAUCCUCAGUUUCAUCAUCCUCGGCUACAGAUGUCUGGUGAAGCGUUGCUAAUGUCUGUAAAUGCUCUUCAUGCUAGUAACACAGGGAUUUGUCAGUUUUCAGUGAAUUUAAUAUUUGCAACAGUCUUUGCCUUUACAUCGUCCAAACUUCUAAAAGUCUUAUUUCUGGCCGUCUAGGAAAGGCAGAGGACGUGGACAGACACUGGUUUGACUGUCAGAAUCACGAAUGUCUCUGAAUGUGAAAGCUGCCCUGUAAUGGUGUCGGUCAGCGUGUUCAUGCCACGCUGAGUCAAUAAAACGGUUUGAUAGCAAUACAUCUCCCUUUUUUUUUUUUUUUUUUAUCAGAGAAUGUAGUCAAAAUGUAAUUAAAAAUCCACUGCAGCAGA